AUGGAUUCCUUUUUCGAUGACAAAGUGUACGCCAUAUCUGGAGGUGCAUCAGGUAUUGGGCUCGCAGUCGCCAAGGCUCUUCUACGUCUUGGUGCGAAAGUGUCAAUCGGCGACAUCCGAUUCCCCGACACAUUACUUGCAGAACUAAGACAGGAAGCUUCCCAUACCAAAGGGACUGGCAAAGCUGAAGGAAUCAUCUUGCUGAAGAAGGUCGACGUCGGUUCUCGAGAAGAGGUGGACAGCUGGAUCGAUGAGACCGUCGCCAAGUUCUCCGCUCUCGACGGUGCCGCGAACAUGGCGGGUACAAUACCCAUAGACCACAACGUCGGGACCAUCGAGACGAUGGACGACGAAGACUGGGAUUUUGUCUUCGCAGUCAAUGUAAGCGGGAUGAAGAACUGUCUCCGAGCCCAAUUGAAGUAUAUCGGCAAGGAUGGAAGGGCAGGUGGCAGCGUGGUCAAUGCCGGAAGUGGAUUGAGUCUGGAAGGUCGAGAAUGCACUUCUGCCUACACCUCAAGCAAGCACGCUGUCCUCGGUUUAACCCGUUGUGCGGCUAAGGAGGUGGAACUCCUCUCGUCCUGCUCGCUAGGUGCUACCCGGCCAGGCUCUGCUUGUUGA